GCCUUCUGUUCAACCAAUGGGCACACUUUAGCUAAACUGGUGCAUUUCCAUGUUCGGUAGAGAAGGAAGGAAGGGGGAAGAGCGAGGUGUUGCACUGCAGGUCGCAGCAUCUGUUUGGUCCUUGAUUAUUUAGUUCCGCCUAUCAACACGCCCUUGUCCCUGUAAUAAAUAUUGACUUCCAAAGCUCACAGGGGCCAGUUUUCUGCUUCUCUCUCCCUGCUGCUGCCACCUGUUCCCCAGACCGAGGUGCCCACCCCACCUCUUUCGCUGUCAAAAGACCAUGGAGACAGAAAUUGAACAGCAAGAAGAUACUUCAUUUGGCAACACAGAGACUAACGGUAAGCGCCCUGCUGAGGAUGCAGAUGAGCAGAAAUCAUUCAAGCGCUCCAGGAACUCAGACGAGAUGGUUGAGCUUCGCAUCCUCCUGCAGAGCAAAAAUGCAGGAGCUGUAAUUGGGAAAGGUGGCAAAAACAUCAAAGCCCUUCGUACAGACUACAAUGCCAGUGUGUCAGUCCCAGACAGCAGUGGGCCUGAGCGCAUCCUGAGCAUCAGUGCCGACAUCGAGACAGUUGGAGAAAUCCUGCUGAAGAUUAUCCCAACACUGGAAGAGUACCAGCAGUACAAUGGCAUGGAUUUUGAUUGUGAGCUGCGCCUGCUGAUCCACCAGAGUCUGGCUGGCUCAAUCAUUGGAGUGAAGGGAGCCAAGAUCAAGGAACUGAGAGAGAACACAAAGACCAGCAUUAAGCUGUUUCAGGAGUGUUGUCCUCAGUCGACAGACCGAGUGGUGCUGGUUGGCGGUAAAACGGAGAGGGUGGUGGAGUGUAUCAAGACUAUGCUGGAGCUCAUUGCUGAAGCUCCCAUAAAGGGCCGUGCACAGCCCUACGAUCCGAACUUCUACGAUGAAACGUAUGAAUACGGUGGUUUCACCGUGAUGUUUGAAGAGAGGGGAGGCGGUCGCAGGCUUAUGGGAGGGUUCCCCAUGCGUGCGGGCAGGUCCAGUGGUGGAGACCGUGGGUUUGACCGAAUGCCCUCUAGCAGAGGUGGACGGGGACCCAUGCCUCCUGCCCGCCGGGAGUAUGAUGAGAUGAGCCCCCGCCGAGGUCCUCCUCCACCCCACCCAAGUAGGGUUGGCAGGGGGAGUGGCCGUGGACGCAACAUGCCCAUGGGACACCCACACAGAGGAGGAGAAGAUCGUUACUAUGACUCUUACCGUGGCUCAGACGACAGGUCAAAUGACAGAAGAGGCAGACCAGAUCGCUAUAGCGAUAACAUGAGUGGAGGAGGAUAUGACAACAGUUCUUCCUGGGAUAGCUACCAGUCAGGUGGACGUGGCUCCUAUAAUGACAUGGGUGGCCCUGUCAUCACCACACAAGUGACGAUCCCUAAAGAUCUGGCAGGCUCUAUCAUUGGUAAGGGAGGCCAGAGGAUUAAACAGAUCCGCCAUGAGUCAGGAGCCUCCAUCAAGAUCGAUGAGCCACUGGAAGGUUCUGAGGACCGAAUAAUUACGAUUACUGGCACCCAGGAUCAGAUCCAGAACGCCCAGUACCUUCUACAGAACAGUGUGAAGCAGUACUCUGGUCAUUUGCUGUAGACCCAGGAGACUCAGAUUGAAGCAGACUCAGAUUGACCCCCACCCCCCCCCCCCCACCCUCAACCUUUCUGCCCCUGUCUAACUCAUCCCCUUCAGACUAUAAAUCUGGAUUAUGGAUGUCUUUUUUUUUUUAUUUUAUUUUUGUAUUUUUUAAUGAAAUGUCCAACAUUCCUGUGCAUAAAAAAAAAUGUAGAUGUUCUGCAUUUUUAAUAGUGUAGUCUAUAAGUUUAUCAGUUACACUUUGCUUCUUUUUUUCCUAACACUCAAAUCUAUCAAAAUAUUCAAUCUCCUGACAGACAAAAAUAAACAUAACCUUUAUUUUUUGAUGGUUUUGAUUUUUAUGGCUUGGAUGUGUAUCAUUGUGUCUCCAGUUUAAAGUGUGUGUGUGUGUGUGUGUGUGUGUGUGUGUGUGUGUGUGUGUGUGUCUCUCAGCGUGUGUGUGUGUGUGUCUCAGCGUGUGUGUGCUUUCUCUUGUUUAUAUCAGUCCCUUCACACACAGUUGUACCACAUUACCACUCUGUGCAACAUGCAGAAUGUAAGAUACAUUUCUUCUUCAUAUUGAACCUUUUGUUUUCUAGAGAUGUGGGAACUUUUACCCUUCAGAAUGGAUUUGGGGAUGUUUAAGUUGGGACUCUUGUAAACACCAGAUACAGGAUAGUCUUGUCUAAUUUGUAAGAUUAUAUAUAGUAGUUGGAUGAAAUAAAUCUGGAUAGUUUGAGUAACUCCUCACAAAUGGAAACUUGUAGCUAGACAUUAGUUUUGACAUUUUAUUAGAGGUUUGACAAAUGAUAUUGAACUUAUCUAUUUUGUCUGCAAUUUCCUGUACUCUACACUUGUUUGCUUUCCAUGCUGUAGACAUUGUCAAAUUGUAACAUGAAUAAAGAUGGUGCCACUUUUUACUGAA